AUGGUUGCAUUCGAUAGAAAUUUUACCUUUUAUAUCGUACCUGCGGCUUUCAUCCUCUUAUUCCUUCUCAAGCUCUACAGCUUUGCUCUCGGCGGCCGGUAUCUGGACCCCGCCAGCCCGCAAAAGUACAAACCAGCUAUAGCUGAUGCCGAUGAUCUCGACCCGAAGACGAAGGCGCGUAUCCUACGAGCCGAGAGCGCGUUCGCUAAUGGCUUGGAGACCAUCUCUUUAUACGCAGCUGCGGUCGUGUCGGUGAACAUAGCUGCCGUCAAUCCAGUGGUUGCCAAUGCGCUGGCAAUCGCGUAUCUGGGCACGAGGGUGAUAUACAAUGUGAUCUAUGUGGUUCUCCAGGAUGAGCCGAGGUGGGCUUUGGCCAGGAGCGCGACAUGGUUUACGGGCGUGGGAAUCAUCCUUACCAUGUUCUUGCUGGCUGGGUCAGCCGUGUACUAG